ACACUCCUUCUGAUUGAAUUCUUGCAUUUCCCUUCCUUCCUUAAAGCGUAAUAUUCACUGGCUUUUGGAGCCUCUGCAAAUGCUUGUGUAAUCAUCUUCAUUCCACACAUCUAUCCUUCAUCAAUCAAGAUGUCUCCUAAAUCUACCUUCCUUUAUACAAAUCUCUUACUAUCCUUACCUCUCACAAUUACCGCUCUUGCUCCAUAUAUUCAAGGAACCUAUCAGCAGUAUGCAACUGCUACCUAUAACCUCAAGGAUACUUACAACUCUGCCAACUUCUUCUCUUCCUUUAGCUUCUUCACGGGUGAAGAUCCUACUCAUGGAUAUGUAUCAUAUCAAUCUCAAUCAGCUGCCUCAGCACAAGGUCUCAUCAACACCAACUAUGGCCAAGUCUACUUAGGUGUUGAUCAUAAAACGGUUAACCCUUCAGCUGGUCGUGCAUCAGUCAGACUUACGAGUAAUAAGGCAUAUAAUCAUGGUCUAUUCAUUGCUGAUAUUGCUCAUAUGCCUGGAUCAAUCUGCGGAGUAUGGCCCGCUUUUAGAUGGUUGACUAAUACUUCUUUUAGUUGGCUUGUUGGUCCUAAUUGGCCAUAUGGAGGAGAAAUCGACGUCAUCGAAGGUGUUAAUCUCGCCGGCACAAACAGCAUGACCUUACAUACCGGACCCGGCUGCGUAAUCAAUACAGCUGGUUCUCAACCCGGUAUUACCUUAAGCGAUCCGAAUUGUAAUUCUAACAGCGGCUACAACGGUUGCGGCGUGCUUACCAAUAAAGCCAAUUCCUACGGAAAUGGUUUCAACUCUGUCGGUGGCGGUGUCUAUGCCAUGCAAUGGGAAUCCUCCGGUAUUUAUGUCUGGUUCUGGCCUCGAGAUAGUGUACCCGCUGAUGUCACUGCUGGAAAACCUGUAACGGGUAAUUGGGGAUUACCCCUCGUGGCAUUUAAUGGAGGAAGUGGGUGUAAUAUCGAUAGUUUUUUUGCGAAUCAGCAAAUUGUUUUCGAUACGACAUUUUGUGGUGACUGGGCGGGAUCUGUUUGGUCUAGUGGGAAUUGCGCUAGUGUUGCGAGUACAUGUAACGCGUAUGUAGGAGCGAAUCCGGCUGCGUUUGCGCCAGCUUAUUGGUUGAUUAAUUCGGUUAAGGUCUAUCAACAAUAGGGGGCUGUGUGGGAAAUAGAAGAGUUCGAGUUGAGUCGGGAUGUGGAGUUAAAGGCUAUGGGGUACAGUCAGUGUGUUUGUUUUUUUGACCGAUGAUUCAUGUCGAUUGUUAUGACGUGAUGAGGUUAGAUAUGACAGCUAGUGCGCUCGUUUUGUGGCUGUCUAGUAGACUUUUAUAUAGGACGAAGACAAAGAUAGGAUUGGAGGUGCGGUCGUUACCAUAGUUGCUGGCGCAUUUGAAGAUUUAUGCUUACAGUAUAUAGACUUUGAUUUCUGUGUAUAUAAUAGGGGAUUAGAUUCGUUUUUAACUCAUUUCAAUACGUGAAAGUUAUCGCAUCGAUGAAGCCUGUUUGCGAAG